GACUCGCACUACUCACAGUCUACUGUGUCACUACAGUCAUACUAGUAAAUCGCCGUUUCGGAUUUACUAUUUUUGUUGAAUUGUAUAUUAUGUAAUGUAUAUCGUUAAUAUAUUUUAUAACAAUAAAGCCCUAACUAGGUUACCAACAACAAUAUCAAGUUUAUUAUUUAAUUAGUUUCUCCUCAAAUCUAAAUAAAUAUAACAGUACUAAAACUUUUUUUUCAUAUGGAUUUUAAGCAGAUUUUCAUGAAAACACGAUAUGAAGUGUUUACUUAGUUGUUAUAAAGCAUAAACACCUAAGUAAAUAGGCAUUUAUUUGAAGUAUUUUAUAAUAUAGUACCUACCUAUUUUUUAUUAAACACAUUACGUACAUCUAUUGUAAAACGAAGUUUAUAGUUGUUCUUUGUAGUUAUCAAUAAUAACUAUGAUUUCAUUUAAAGUCUUAGUAAUAUUAACGGUAACAAUUGAUUUAAUAUGUUGUCAAGGAAAUCAGGAAAUAGAUGAAUGCACAAAUACCUUUAAAACUAUUGGAUUCACUCCUGGAUCUGGAUUCUUUAAUUACAAUUUUGCAAAGCAAUUUGAAAACUUUAAUGAAUUCCUGAGUUACGCGAAAGCAAAAUUGAACUUGAGAAAAACUGUUAAUAAUUCUGGUACAACAUCCAACAACACGAUUCCAGAAUCUACAUUCAAUGACAAGAAAAGAAGCUAUAGUGAAAUGAUGUAUGCUUCUGAAAAAGAAUUUUUACUUGGAGAAAAUAGUUAUUUAUUACCAAUUUAUAAAAGAAUCUUAAAAGCAUCAAAUAGUGUUAUCAUAAUGAAUCCACCACAGUUUUGUAGAACAAUGAUGAACCAUAUAUUAA